GACUUUCCAUAAAUGAAGGAAGGCUAACUGCUGAUUUUACUAUAUAAAUGCUACAGACUCCUUUCCCUGCUGCCUGUAGAGUUACAACACUAACUGCCCAUUGUAACCAUGAGUUUAAUAUUCUCUGAAUGCCGAAGAUAUGUCCCCAAAGCCGCCCAGGUCCUUCUAAUCUCUGCCACGUGGUUCUGCAGUUUACAUGGACUCUCCACCUGCGGGUCUCCCAAACUAGCUACUUAUUUUGGAACCAAAACCAGGUAUGAAGAAGUCAAUCCGUUUCUCCUGGUGAAUCCACUACUGGUUUCUAGAAAGCAUGAUCUACUGCCCAAUAUGUGUACACCUCUUCAGAUAGUGUCAGUGAUCAGACAUGGUAGGAGAUAUCCAACUCAAAAGCAAAUACAGAAGAUGAAGACAAUAUACAACCUAAUUAAACAGAGUGAGAGCAAUUCACAACUGGUGAAGGAGCUGCAGAGCUGGAACAUGUGGUAUGAUGACUGGAUGGAUGGUCAGCUGGUGAAGAAAGGAGAGGACGACAUGAAGAAUUUGGCUUAUAGAUUUGCUUCUCUCUUCCCAUCUCUCUUCACUGCAGAGAAGCUCCAGAAAUGUAAGAUGUCCUUCACCACCAGCUCUAAGCAUCGAUGUGUAGACAGUACAAAAUCCUUUAUUAAAGGUCUAGCCCAUAACUACCUCCAACUCCCAGAACUUCCAGACACUGAGCAGGAAGAUAUAACAUGUAGCGAACCCAUGGUGAAUGACACACUCAUGCGGUUUUUUGACCAUUGUGAGAAGUUUGUAGUCCAGGUGGAGGACAAUGACACAGCAAUGCAUGAAGUGGACCGGUUUAAAAUAGGACCAGAAAUGCAGAAAGUAAUACACAAAGUUGCUACUCUAUUAGGUGUCCCUGAAGAUCAACUAAACGCAGAUUUAAUCCAAGUGGCUUUUUUUACCUGCUCAUUUGAACUGGCCAUUAACAACAUUCAGAAUUCUCCGUGGUGCCAUUUGUUUGAUGAAGAAGAUGCAAAAGUCCUAGAAUACCUGAAUGACUUGAAACAGUACUGGAAACGUGGCUAUGGGUUUGAUAUCAACAGCCGGUCCAGCUGUAACCUGUUCCAACAUAUCUUCCAACAUCUAGAAACUGCAGUCUCUGAAAGCAAAAGGUCCCAGCAAAUCUCCAAUCCUGUGGUCAUGCAGUUUGGGCAUGCAGAGACUCUCCUGCCACUUUUGGCUCUGAUGGGCCUCUUUAAGGAUGAGAAGCCUCUUACUGCAGACAGCUUUUCUAGUCAAAGUGAACAGAAGUUUCGCAGCGGCAGAAUUGUGCCUUACGCUUCAAACCUAGUGUUUGUUCUGUAUCACUGCGACUUGGUGGAGAGUCCUAAAGAAGAGCAUCAAGUACAGAUGUUACUGAAUGAAAACCUCCUUCCUUUCCCACACUCAAAGGAGUCUGUGUGUCUUUUUGAUGAUCUCAAAAAAGAGUACAGUCAUCUGCUCAAUGACUGCCGUGUUAAGGAAGAAUGUGAAUUGAUGAAAGCUGUUCAUGAAGAUGAACUAUAAGGCAGUCUAGCUUUAUUUGAGUUACACAUUCAUUCUUACACAUAUAAUUUUCUUUGGAAACAAUCUGCAUAUCCAGAAUAAAUGUAAAAACAUACUUUAAUUACAUUAGGUUAAAAUCAUUCCAAAAUCAGUGUUUAACACAUUCCUGUUCAGAUAGCACAUUUUCUCAAUUAUUCAUUACAUG